AUGGCGACUCCUAACGAGGCAACCCGAGAAGCAAAGCGUGUUGUGGACGUUGCCCCAGAUGACCCUUACGAACGGGCAUUGUACCUGAACCGACUUGGGCAACAACUAAACAGCAAGUACUCAACGACGGGGUCAACAGGCCAUCUCGAUGAAAGCAUCCAGUUGCUUCAGGAAGCUGUCGAUGUCGCACCACUUGACCAUACAAACCGAGCCGUUUUCUUGGACAACUUGUCUAACCGGCUUCAUGACCGAUAUUUGAGGAAACGGUCCUUAUCUGAUCUUGAAAACUCUGUUUUGAUCAUGAGGGAUGCUAUAGAUGCCACAUCGGACAGUGAUCCGCACCUACCCCUAGUCCUCGACAACCUUGCAGUUAUGCUCAUGAACCGAUAUCGUGGGAGAGGCUUCGUGCGCGACCUUGACGAGGCUAUCGAUAUUAGCCGCCAGGCCGUGGAAACGAUUCCCAAAAGUGACCCAGCACGGGCUAACUGCCUGGACAAUCUGGGAGUGCAUCUCGGUUAUCGUCACUGGAGGGGGGGCCUCAGAUCCGAUGUCGAACCCGCCAUUGAAGAAGCCAUUUCCGUCGCGCGUGAAGCAGUGAGCCUUACUCCGGAAGACCAUCCAAGUCUAGCAGGCCGGUGGAAGAACCUGGGAACUCACUUGGGUCACAAAUACAUAUGGACCGAGUCAAAUAAUGAGCUGAAAGAGUGCAUUCAAUGUCAUCUAUCGGCUCUCAACCAAAGGCAAUCAUCGGCACUGGACCGAAUUACGGCCGCAAGAGAAGCACUCGCCUACUGCGCGGAUGUUCCUGACUGGGAGCAAGCCUACCAAGCUUCAUCCACAGCCGUUUCUCUUUUUCCGAAGCUAAUCUUUCGGUCGCUUCAUCAUUCUGACAGACUGCACAUGCUUGGGCAAGUAGCUGGGAUGGCAUCCGACGCUGCAGCCAUGGCCUUGAACGCCGGAAAAGACAUGUCUGUCGCCCUACGUCUUCUUGAAGAAGGUCGGGGCGUGCUUUCACGAUCCAUGGAAGAGAUGCGAAGCGACCUUGGGAGCUUGCGAGUCCAACAUCCACACUUCGCGGACGAAUUGGCCCGUAUCCGGAAUGCCCUCGACGAUCCUCUACAGUAUGAGCGACAACCUGAUGAUCCCAGAACAUCUUGGCAGAUCAAGUCGGAACGGCGACAAGAAGCAGACGAACAACUAGAGGACCUACUUGGCAGAAUCCGCAACGAACCUGGGUUCGAAGACUACCUCGUGCCCCCUUCGGCAGCAGAGAUGAAGAGUGCUGCCAAGCACGGUCCCAUUGUCGUCAUCAACGUGAGCCAAUUUCGAUGUGAUGCAAUCAUUGUCGAGCCUCACCAGCUGAGCUUAUUGCCUUUACCCAAGCUUACUCUGCGGGACGUCGAGGACCUUUACACAAUUCGAAGCCUCGAUGAGACACCCGUGCUGCUACGCCAAGAGUCCGUCUCUAAACGCAACUUUAACCUCUGGGAAGCCCUCUUGGAGAGAAAUGAGUGGGAGGGAACUAUGCCUGAGCCAGGGUGGAACAACCCGCAAAAACAACCGCAGGAUGCUCUGGGGUCACCAAAGGUCCUGAGUUGGCUUUGGGAAGCAGUCGCAGAGCCAAUCUUGAACGCCCUUGGGUUAACACAGACACCCACGGACGACAAUUGGCCUCAUGUCUGGUGGAUACCAACUGGAAUGCUUUCCAAGUUCCCAAUUCACGCAGCUGGCAAGUACUCCUCUGGCACCUCCGAGACGGUCCUGGACAGAGUUGUAUCUUCGUAUACAUCCUCCAUCAAGUCACUCAUCCAGAGCCGGCGUCGUCCGGCUGUAACUUCUGGUCCACAGCAUGCACUUCUCACCGCUAUGGAAAGGACCAACGCAAUUCUCGGAACUCUUCCGUACGCUACUCGAGAGGUGUCAGAAGUGCGCAAGUUUUGUAAAUCAAUGUCACUCAAUCCCAUCGAACCCAGACCACGGAAGAAGGAUAUUCUGCCACAUCUACGCAAUUGCACCAUCUUUCAUUUUGCUGGCCAUGGCAAGACCAACAGCGACGACCCCUUAAACAGCAAAUUACUACUCAACGACUGGCAGAGUGACCCUUUCACAGUCGGCUCACUCCUAGACGAGAAGCUUCAUGACAACCCUCCCUUUCUGGCAUACCUAUCGGCUUGUGAAACAGGACGCAUUGACAACGAGAGGUUUUCCGACGAGAACAUACACCUGGUUAGCGGAUGCCAACUGGCUGGUUUUCGUCAUGUCAUUGGUACCUUGUGGGAGGUUGAGGAUGAAUCUUGCGUCCAUGUAGCUAGAACCACAUACAAGACGAUCGAGAAGAACGGGAUGACGGAUGAGUCAGUGAGUCGUGGCUUACAUGCCGCUGCUCGGUUCCUUCGAGAUGAGUGGUCGAAGCGGCUCAUUAGGGUCUCACGGGGUGGUCAAUCAGCCAAGCGAAAGAGGUCAGAACUUCCAGCGGUGGUAGGAAACCCGGCUUUGGGAGAAAGGGGAAAUAGGGAUGUUCAUUCCUGCUCUGAUGACGAUGAUGAAGGGGCAGUGGGAUUGUACUGGGUGCCCUAUGUUCACUUCGGGGUGUAA